AUGACCUUCUCGACUUCUCCAACGAUGAUCUCUUCUCCUCCACCACUGCCACCGACUCCUCUUCCGACCANAUUUUCGACGCCGGACUACUUUCGCAUUGAUGACCUUCUCGACUUCUCCAACGAUGAUCUCUUCUCCUCCACCACUGCCACCGACUCCUCUUCCGACCACCAACACGCAAACACCUCUGCUGCCGCCAACCAGUUCCACACUUCCAAUCCCAAUCACUCUCUCACCGACUUCACCGACGACCUCUGCGUCCCCAAUGACGACGUAGCGCAGCUCGAAUGGCUUUCUACCUUCGUCGACGACUCAUUCUCCGAUUUUCCGACGAACAAUUUCGCCGGAACCAUAAAUGUUAAAUACAACAGUUCAUUUCACAGCUGCUCUCCCAGAAAACGCUCCAAAUCGACCACCUCCACCUGGACCUCAUCUCACUCUACGAUCGCUAACCCUAGCUCCAAACCAGACACUACAAACAGCAACGAUACAAUGAAGAGAGAGAGUGCGUUUACCAGAGAUCGAUCGGCGUCGAGGGAGAUGGUGGGGCGUAGAUGCACGCAUUGCGCGUCGGAGAAGACGCCGCAGUGGAGAACGGGACCGUUGGGGCCCAAGACGCUUUGCAAUGCUUGUGGCGUGAGGUUCAAGUCGGGUCGCCUCGUGCCCGAGUACCGACCCGCCGCGAGUCCAACCUUCGUGCUGACUCAGCACUCCAACUCUCACCGAAAGGUCUUGGAACUCCAGCGACAGAAAGAGCACCUCCGUCAACAACAACCGGACCCGCCGCAAAUGAACCAUCAACAGCACAACACCGUAACUUCGAGAACCGCUGACGUCAUCUCAAACACGUGUCAGCAUCCUAGGGUUUUUCAUGGAGAGUUCUUCACUUCUCUGAGUUGAUCUCCAGUUUACUGUUGUUGGGUUAGAACUUACUAUAUCAGAAAUUCUCUUUUUCUGUUGAAUUUCUUGGG